ACAAAGCUGUGAAGAUCUGGUUGGAAAGGCUCAAAGAUGUGUCGUACGAUCUGGAUGACUUACUAGAUGAAUGGACGACAGAAGCUCUCAGAUUGCAAGCACCAGAUGAAGAUUGUGGAUCCUCUUUCGGUAAGAAGAUGCUAGGGAGGCAAAACUGUAUAAGAAGUGCAAUCUUCAUGCUCUAAUAUUGGACUACAACUCCAUAGGUGGUGAACUGUUGGAUGAUGACAUGAAGAUGAUGGACGACGUGCUUGAAAUUCUCCAGCCCCACAGAAACUUGAAAGAGUUUGAAAUAUGGAAUUACGAAGGUUCCAAGCUUCCCAAGUGGAUAGCGAGUCCAUUGUUCUCCAAUCUAGUGAAGGUGAAUCUCAUGAAUUGUUGGAAUUGUAAACAACUUCCUGGUCUUGGGAAACUAACCUCCCUUAAAUACCUUGAUAUUAUGGGAAUGGAAGAGGUGGCAUAUGUGGGUGGUGAGUUUAGCGGGGAUGAUACCAAUGACAGAAGUGGUGGUGGUCUCUCGUUCCCAAAACUGGAGACCCUCAUCUUCUCGGACAUGCCAAAUUGGAAGGAGUGGGAAUUGAGAGGUGGAGAUGGAGAGGUUUUGCCAUCUCUCCUCCGAUUAGAAAUACGUAAUUGCCCAAGGCUAAACACAUUGCCCCGCAACCUUCCACUGCUCCUCCGGAAGCUGGCUUUAAACAUAACUAAUGAUGGGAUGUCGUCCGAAGGGUCCUUACCCGUCUUCCCCAACCUUAACCAUUUGGUGAUAUGGUAUAGUCCUGAGCUGACAUCAUUCCCUUGUGGUUGGUUGGGAAAACUCAAAGCUCUCCAAACUUUUCAAAUCUACAAGUGCCCAAGGUUGGGGUCUCUACCAGAGGACUUGCAACAUCUUACAAUGCUUCGAGAAUUGAAGAUCACAUGCUGUCCACUGUUAGUAGACCGCUGCCGAGACGGAGGAGAAGAUUGGCAUAAGAUUGCUCACAUCCCUUGUAUUGAAAUUUUUACUUGAAUGAUCUGCCUCAAUAAGAGGAGGUGGAGAGGAAAUCAAUGACAACUUUUCUUUUGCUUUUGUUUUAAGGAAUUGUAUUGCUUCUCAGUUUGGGUGUGGAUUAGGUGUGCCCGAUCCUCACCCAAGAUGACACUUACCGUGUGGCCCACCUUGAUGUAUGUCUUCUACAUCCACACGGAUAUGGCAUGAACCCAAAAAUGAAACAAAUCUAAAUUUCAAGUGGACCAUACUAUAGAAACAGGGGUGAUUCAAUGCCCCACUAUUAUAAACUUCACAUGGUCCAUAGUAAUGUUUCCGGUAAGGUCUCACGAACCUGGAUGAAGGGAAGCUUGAUCCAAAACUCUUGUGGCCCACAAGAAGUUUUUAAUGGUCAAUCACCAUUGUUUCCUAUAGUAUGGUCCAUCUCAGAUUUGGAUCUGCUUUAUUUUUGGGUUCAUGCCCUACAAUGAUUUGGAAAAAAACUGAUGGGCGGCAUGGAUGUAGAAUAUGUACAGCAAGGUAGGACCCACGGUAAGGGCCGCACGGUCUUGGGUGAGGCCGGGGCCACACCUAAUCGGCUCCCUCUCAUUUAACAGCUGUAAUCUUUUAGUAAGUGUAUCUCUCUCUGGUUUAAAAACCGUACUUUUUUAGUCUC